GAAAGAAAUAACGAAAUGUUAAAUUAUGUUUGCCACUUUAUCGUAAGCGUCAGCCGCAAAUGACGUUGAAAUUUUAAUCAUUAUUAAAUGUGACAUAAAAUAUAAAGAAAGAUAUAGCAGAAACACACAAUAUAAAAAUGAAUCCCGCGGAAGCUGAAACUAUUGCCGAUUUGGUGCAGAAUAUGAUUGUCUCUUUAUGCGGCGAACAAAAGCCAGAGUUGAUCAGAAGGUUUAUGCGUUUUUCCCUUGGAUUAUUAUCUUCAACUCAAGGUAUAGAAAUAUUGAAGGAAGAUGAAGUGACUGUAGCAACAUAUAUAAAGAGCAAAUUAUCAUCACGUGAUGCACUACAAUUUGAUAAAUUACAUAAUGAUUUAAAAGAUGGGCCACUGAAGCAUCGUAUAAGUAUUCUAAUAUUUCUGCUGAACAUGGGUCAGUCGGCAGAACAGAUAAAGGAUAGAACUUUUUCGUUUCCAGACAUGAAAUUGGGUUUAAGCUCAAUUCCAUCCACUAGUGGACAAUCAUCGCAAACUUUCUGUUCACCGGCACAAAUUGUAUCGUUGAACACUACAGAGACUAACUCAAGAGGAAUGUUAGUAAAUCCAAGUAAAAUAUUCAACGAGGAAUGCAUUUCAGAGGAUGUAUUAGUCCAGGACUUGAUAUAUUCUUUUCAAAGUGUGGAAGGAAAGAUUCUAAAGCUAGAUUCGAGUUACGGCUUUCAGAUAGAUCCUAUGGCGAAAAUUAAUAGAUCACAAAGGCAAGCUGUUUUAAGACUGAGCGAAUUGGGAUACUUACAUAAUGUAGUGCGAAAGGGAUUGGAGAGAAUGUCCGUAGCUGGCGCAGGCAGAGUUGCCGACAGUUUUGUUGCUGUUCUGCACAAAGAAUUGUCGGAAUAUUAUAGAUUUAUAGCUAUAAUGCAAGAAGAAAUGAAUAGGUCACAAAAUCAAAUGGUUACGUAUGGAGUUACAUUGUCUCACUUACAUCUUUGGACAUGUGAUCCUUUGGAAACUCUGAAGUGGUUAGCAAGUAUAGUGAGAGCUUGUCAAGGCCAGAAAGGUGGUGCAUUGGCAUCUACUGUUUACGAGUUCAGUUAUCACGGAGAUGCCGUCGUGAAGAAUUUAGUGAAAAGAGUCUUGGAAAGUGUUUGCAAUCCCUUGUACAAUAUGUUAAUGAGAUGGAUUGCUGAUGGAGAAUUAGACGAUCCCUACAAAGAGUUUUUCAUUCAAGCAUGCGCCGAUGUUGGCGGAGACAGAAUGUGGCAUGAGAAAUAUCAAGUGAGAAAUUCGAUGGUGCCGUCCUUCAUCACUAAAGCGCAAGCCAAGAAGAUCCUAGGAACAGGAAAAAGUAUCAAUUUCUUACGCGAGGUUUGCAAAGAUUUCUCGCCGUGGCAAGAUAGGCAUGCAGAUGUGUUUAGAAACAGUGAUGAGGAAUAUAAUGUCGAAGUCUUUUUCGAUAUGGAUCCGGAUGGUCGCUUGCAAACCAUGAUGGAUGCUGCUUAUAAAGAAACUUCAGCACGAGUUGUUGAAAUAUUGAUGAAACAAUAUCAUCUCAUGGACCAUUUACAGGGCAUUAAGGGAUAUCUUUUACUUGGUCAAGGCCAUUUUAUUCAACAUCUUAUGCACUUAUUAGAGCCUGAACUGGCUAAACCGGCAAGUUCUUUAUAUCCUCACAACUUAUCAUCUAUACUUGAAACUGCAAUAAGAGCAACUAGCACGAAGUUAGAUGAGUUAGAUGUGCAAAAACGUUUAGACGUCAGAUUAUUAGCACCUUCAGAGAGUGAAACAGGAUGGGACGUUUUUAUUCUGGAUUAUAAUGUCGAUGGACCUAUUGGAACAAUUUUGGAGCCGUGUAGACAGACGUAUCAAACUGUAUUCUUUGCCUUAUGGAGAGCAAAGAGAAUGGAAUCGAUUUUGUCUGCUAUAUGGAACCAGCAAACAACAUCGGCCAAAAUGUUCAGAAAAAUGCCGGAAGUGUUGCCGAUUCAGAAUCACAUUCAUCUAAUCACCAGUAGCAUGGUCCAUUUGGUUCACCAAAUGCAAUAUUACUUCUUGUUUGAGGUAAUCGAAUGUUCUUGGGAUACAUUUGCGAAGCAACUUCUUCAGGCAACAUCUCUCGAUGAUAUAAUUGCAGCUCACAAUCAUUUUGUAGAUUCUGUAAGACAUGGUACAUUAUUGGAUGAAAAAUCACAAGAACUUAUGGAUCAUUUACGCUCUGUCUAUAGUCCAAUAUUAGACCUUCAAAAUCUGGAGGAAACUUUUCUUGCGCGUGCUACACAGGAAUAUGAGGCAAGAUUGAAUGCCGAUAAGCAGGCAUCAAAUGAACAAACGAAAAAGUGGGGGCGUACAAAUAAAAUAGAUCAAGAGACUGUAGAAAGAGAGGCAGCAUUUUCAAAAUAUCUCAACACACUUUCAAUACAACUGAGAUUACUUUCGAGAACGUAUCAGGAUCGUGUGAAAAAAUUUUUACUAAUGCUUGCUUCUGCUGAAGAUGUAUCGCUGCAAUUACUUAGUGUACGAUUAGAUUUUAACGAAUAUUACAAGAGUAAAGACAGCCGAUUAGUUGUGCCAUUAACGUAUCAACACCGUCGACAAAGUGAUCAAACUUUCUUUGGAUGCAAACCACAAUCACCCAAAAUGACGACAGAUAACGAUGACUCUGUCGCUUUGCACAAAAGAAGGUGUAGAACCAAUUUGAGAAACGCUGAACUAAGUAAACAUACAUUUAGGAUAUUUUUGGAAAAACAAAUAUUGUCACAUGUGGAAAUAGAGGUUCAGAAAAAUAUCCCUGAGGCGCAAACCCCGCUAACACCUAAUUUUGAUUCUAAAGAAAACGAUUUUACUUUAAGUCAUGCACGAUUAGCGCUUGCCCCGUUGCAAACCAUAUCACGGAAAAAAUCAUCUAAUAAAGAUGAUUUGAGUUUACCGAAUUUAGAAGCUGAAAUGUGUUCUGAUAGAGCUUUGAAAACGACUAGUACAAUUCUGAACUAUAAUACUGAUUCUGAAAUUAACAAGAAUUCUCUUCAAAACAAAUCAAAAAUUCCCACUUGCACUGCACCUGAUUUUAAUCAAAAUGCUUCAAAUCUUAAAACCAACAAUCCAGUUAAUAAAAAAUCCAGCCACCAACCGACAUAUGACAGUGGUCCAGAAUGGUUUCAAGAUAACGAGACUGUAUCAGUCCAUGGCUCUCUAUUAAGUGAAACUAUCUCGGACAUUAGUGCAUACAGUACAGAUUUAAGACGAAAUACUAAUCACAAACGAUGUCGUUGGAGACGUGUACUUUUUUGUUGUGUUAAUUGAACUCGAUAUUCCUACAUUAUCAAUCAAAAAAUAUUUUUCACUAUAGAAUAUAAGAUGCUCUCUAAUAGUGUAAAUUAGUGUUGCCAUGUUUGAUAGUAGAUAGUAUUAUUUUUGCUACUUCUGUUAUUUUCGACAUAAUAAAGCUAAAAUUACAGUAUCUUUAUUAUGUACGAAUUUAUCAUUAUUUAUUUUUAUUAGAUUAAAUCAAUGUAUAUUUUUUAUUAUCACGAUUUUUCUUAUUGAUAGAUAUAAAAGCAUACACUUUAAGCUAAACUUCUUAUGCCAUAUUUAAGCCAUACUCACUAUGUUUAAUUUCUUGCCAUAUUAGGAAAUUAGUGCAGUGUUCAGAAAACAAGCUAUUUUUAUAUUAUUGAAAUUAUGUUGCUAUGUAUUUAACAUUUAAAAAUUUUGUAAUAAACAUCAGUGUUAUUUCUAUUA